GACUGUUUAGGCCAGGCGUCCAUUUUCUUCUUUGUUUCCUGUCAUUUUAGCUAGCAAGCUAGAAAGCGAUAACGUCGAAAUGGAAACUAGGCGGGAUAGCAAGCUAGCUUAAUUACUUAGCCUUUCUGCUUGCAUAAAACAUCGGAUAAAAUCGAAAAUGCUCUAACUAGCUAGACAACUGCAUGUAUACUUAAAUAUCAGCUUUGUUUUUAACAUUUCUUGAUCUCAAUCAUGUGUUAAUCGUAGCACGCAUUUAAAAACGGCAUGCAUGGCAUUAGCCGUAUUAGUAGGUUAGCCAACGUUAGCCUAGCCAACGUCAGCAUUCAAAUAUAUCUGGCUAACCAACAACUUUCGUCCUCGCCCCACCUUCAUGCUUCAGGGCUAGCCCUGGCCUGUGAAAAUGCGCUCGCUGACAUCCGCUCAAACCAAGCACCAUUUGUAUCGCUUGCAAGUUGUGUAAAACUAGUUUUGAUCUGAUUAUCAAAAUUUGCCUUGGCAUCUUAUUCUAGCAAUUACUGGAUUUGUAAACAGCCGAAGUGUAGACCACGCUAGCUACCGUGUUGCGCACUCAAAAAUGAGUCGAUGUCAGGAAGGCAGAAUGACCCGGGCGCCCAACGUUGUUAGCUAGUGGGCUAACACAGCACCGCGUGCUCCAAGAACUCUCCUCUCCAUUUCGCGUUAAUAGCAUAUCCUCACGAAUAGUUCUAUUAUUAACGUUAUCCACGUAUCCCAGCUCCCCGCCGGUCGUGUUGCUGUAUGCUUCCAUUGCCCGCUGUCUCGUUCUGAGCCCACCUUGAGUUCCAGCGGCAGAAGGCAGAGAACAAGAGGAGAGCUCCCUCUACAACUCGGCGUUACCCAUGGACGGGGGACCGACAGACUCGGUGGUGGACGAAGGGGUUGGCGAGGCCUACAAGGCCAAGGACCUCAGCUCCUUCCCCGGGGAGGAGGAGUCCAUGGUGGUGGCUGACCUGCUCCAGCAGGCGGCGGAGGCCGGAGGGGUGGUGGAGGGACCUGGGGACCAGCAGGAGGAAGCCCAGGCCCAGCUGAUGGGGGCCGGGGUGGAGGGGAUGGUGAGCGGCGGGGGGGUGGAGGUGAUGGUGAUGGAGUCCCUGGACCCGUCGCUCCUGCAGAUGAAGACGGAGGGGAUGGAGGCGGCCGUGGGCGGGGCCGUGUCAGGCGCCGCCCACCAGGCUACCGUGACGACGGUGGACCAGACUCAGAUCAUCACUCUGCAGGUGGUGAACAUGGAGGAACAGCAGCUAGGUCUUGGGGAGCUGCAGCUAGUCCAGGUACCAGUCUCCACCGUGCAGGUGCCCGUCUCCCAGGCGACCGUGGAUGCUCUUCAAGGAAGCUACGUCGACGCGGUCGCUAUGCCCAAAGAUGGAGAUCCUGUCAUCUGCCACACCCUGCCCCUUCCUGAUGGCUUCCAGGUGGUGAAGGUGGGAGCCAACGGCAUGGUGGAGACAGUGGAGCAGGAGGAGGGUCUCCAACAGGAGGACCAGGUGCUCCAGGGGGACGAGGAGCCCUCCGAGGCCCAGGGAGAGGACCCGUCCUGGUCCAAGGACCCCGACUACCAGCCCCACUCCGCCAAAAAGCAAGCCAAGAAGGGCAAAAAGAGCCGGCUGCGCUACACUGAGGGGGAGCGGGACAUGGACGUGUCCGUGUACGACUUUGAGGAGGAGCAGCAGGAGGGGCAGCUGUCUGAGGUCAACGCUGAGAAGGUGGUGGGCAACAUGAAGCCCCCCAAGCCCACCAAGAUCAAGAAGAAAGGCGUAAAGAAGACGUUCCAGUGUGAGCUGUGCAGCUACACUUGCCCCCGGCGCUCCAACCUGGACCGCCACAUGAAAAGCCACACAGACGAGAGGCCACACAAGUGUCACCUGUGUGGCCGCGCCUUCAGGACGGUGACGCUGCUGAGGAACCACCUCAACACACACACAGGAACCAGGCCUCACAAGUGUCAGGAUUGUGACAUGGCGUUUGUGACCAGCGGGGAGCUGGUGCGACAUCGCCGCUACAAACACACCCACGAGAAGCCCUUCAAAUGCUCCAUGUGUGACUACGCCAGCGUGGAGGUGAGCAAGCUGAAGCGCCACAUCCGGUCUCACACCGGCGAGCGUCCGUUCCAGUGCAGCCUGUGUUCCUAUGCCAGCAGAGACACCUACAAGCUGAAGAGACACAUGAGGACCCACUCUGGCGAGAAGCCGUACGAGUGCUACAUCUGCCACGCCCGCUUCACCCAGAGCGGCACCAUGAAGAUGCACAUCCUGCAGAAGCACACGGAGAACGUGGCCAAGUUCCACUGCCCGCACUGCGACACGGUCAUCGCCCGCAAGAGCGACCUGGGUGUUCACCUGAGGAAGCAGCACUCGUUCAUCGAGCAGGGCAGGAAGUGUCGCUACUGCGAGGCCACGUUCCACGAGCGCUACGCCCUCAUCCAGCACCAGAAGUCCCACAAGAACGAGAAACGCUUCAAAUGUGACAUGUGUGACUACUGCUGCAGACAGGAGCGCCACAUGGUGAUGCACAAGCGCACCCACACCGGGGAGAAGCCGUACGCCUGCAGCCAGUGUGACAAGACCUUCAGGCAGAAGCAGCUGCUGGACAUGCACUUCAAACGCUACCACGACCCCAACUUCAUCCCCACCGCCUUUGUUUGCCCCAAGUGCAGCAAGACCUUCACCCGCAGGAACACCAUGGUGAAACAUUCUGAGAACUGCAACGGGGAUCCAGGGGAGGAGGGGGAGAACGGCUCGCCCCCACCCCCCAGGAGAGGACGGGGACGUGGCCGGAAGAGGAAGAUGCGUUCCAGGAGAGACGAGGAGGAGGAUAGUGACGAACAUGCUGAGGUGGAGCUGGACGACGAUGACGAGGAGGACGAGGACGAGGCGGCGGCGCUGCAGGAGGAGGAGGAGGAGGAGGAAGAGGAGGAGAUGGAGGUGGACCAGGCCCCGCCCACCGUGCCUGUCCCCGCCCCCGAGGAGCCCCCGGUCAAGAGGAAACGGGGACGCCCCCCCAAGAACGCCCCCAAGCCCGCCCCGCCCCCCAAACCCAGCACCCCCACCAAGCCUGGCCGGGCGUCCACCAGAGCCAACCGCACCACAGCCACAGCCAUCAUCCAGGUGGAGGAUGAGACCACAGGCACGGUGGAGAACAUCAUCGUGAAGAAGGAGGCGGGGCCAGAGCCGGCCGCCACCGCCGCCGCAGCCCCAGAGCAGGAGGCGGGGCCGGAGGAGGUCGUCGUGGAGACGGUGGAGCUGGCCGUGGCGGGGGAGGAGUCUGCGGCAAACGGGGACCUCACCCCGGAGAUGAUCCUCAGCAUGAUGGACCGGUGAGGGGAGGGGGGAACGACAGCCUCCCCCCUUUCCCUCCCCCCUGUACCUCCACCCCUUACCUCAACCCACACCCCUCACCCCCCCUUACCUCCCCCCUACAGCUCCGCCCGGCCCAUUGUAACAUCCCUUUUUGAAGCCCAUAGGCUCAGUAACUCCCCCCCCCCCCCCACCCCCAUGAGAACUGAUUCUCCCCUCUCUGCUGACUGCUCUAUCACUCACUCUUCAGGCCUGCCUGUCGUAUUCUGACUACAUCAAUUACUGUGUUUCUUUUGUUUUCGUUUUAUUUUUAUUUUUUUUCUACCUACCCAAACCCACUUCCUGCCUGUAUCCUAGCCUGCUUCCUGUGUGUGCAGGCUGUAGAGAGAGAUGUAGCUUUGUAAACCAGACAGACUGUGGUCCAGUCUUUCCCCAAGCAGGGCCUGAUGCAUGGGGUGCUGGCUUCUUCAUUCUAGCAGUUCCCUUGUCAGCCGACCUGUGAUGAACCCGUCUACAGGGGUCCUGGCCAGGGCUGCCCUCGCCUGCCUGUCUCCGCCUUGUUUUCUAGGACCUCUAGAAUUUGUCUCUAGAUUCUAGAACAUUCUUUUUUUUUCUCUGUAGGCUUUUUAAUCUAGAGCGCUAGAAUGUUCUCGGCAGUUCUAAAGAACCAAUUCCUGUUUUGAUUAAUUGAUUAUUGCAUUGUGUACUGACUUCUUUACUAAUCUCUGAUUAUGAAGUUGAUGUAAGGGUUUCUUAUUAACAAUCAAAUGACUAUUUGGCUAGGGACUACCUAGGGGAACAUCCAUCCAUCGAUCUAUUCAUUCGAAUUUAUGUUUGAGAGACAGAGGUUUUUGUUGUAUAAAAGGUAAUCUUGGCUUGUUUUGCUUGUAAAUAAUUUUUAUUUUUUAUUUUACGAACAUUUUAAUCUUUUUUCUAGCAAUGUGAAGAGCCGUGAGGCAGGGUGUGCUAAAUAUGGAACAGGAGUGUUUGUGCGUGUGUGUGUGCGCUAGCCUGGCAUGGUGUACUCCUGGUAGAGACCAGGACCAGAGGUGAAGGUAGAAGCUGUGGGAAGAGCAGAGAAGCCCACCUCCUGCUCCACAGGCAGCAGGCCGGGCCGGAGAGACCGCCGUCCUCCAGACGGUCAGAAGACUGACCUCCACGGCGGACUCCCGCCUCCACUGCGUGACCUCUCCAUGCCCGGAAGCCUCCAGGCCGACGGCAGGAUCACCUGAUGCUCUCGUCCUCCCAGUCCCACCCCCACCCUAGCCCGUAGCAGUCUGUUCCACCUCCAGGAGAAGACGAUGUAGAUCCCCCCCCCCCCCCCCCCAUGUUUGUUCAGGGCUCCGGAGCAGCGCACAUGGAUGUGCAACAUGAUGCGCCCAGCGGCUCUGGAGAGAGAUCAGUGAGGCGGCGAAGGUGUUGGACGGUCCUUGCUGAACGAGCGUAGGUUCCUAUAGUGUCAUUGUCGAUCUCUUUUUGCCACACUAGAAAGAGAUUUAAGGGAUGUGUUGAGAGAGGAAUGAGAAGAGAAUAAAAUGGAUGUUUUUGUAUAAAGUUUGUUAACUUGUUUGAAGAGAACUAUGCCCUUUCACAGAUUAAAUGCAGACUGAAUGACGUUCCCUCUUGUAAGAAAUGAUUACAAUUAAACUGCUUUUUGUCAAGCUCUUACGAUACAAUAAUAGGUUGAUGCAUUUUUGUACCUGACUGUACUUUUCGAAUUCUGAGACCAGCACACAGCCGGAGUCAAACUGACCGACUGCUCAACAAAUGGGUCUGCUCUCCUUCCUGUCGUGAGGUCAUCUCUGAUCAUGCCAGGUCAUGAGCGUCUCUAGAGAUCUAGCCAAUCCUGACAGAGAUCAGAGGGUUUGCGAGGAGGGCAGGGAGGAGCACGGCCUGUUUAGAGAGGGUUGGGUCAGGGCUGCGGGCUGAGCUGGUAGACAUGCUGGUUCUGAGGAUGUGUCACUGUACAGGUAAUAAAACAUACUGGCCUAA